AUGGCAAGAGCUAAAAACGUAGCGGAAAAGAAACAACCUUUGAACCCUAAGACAACCAAGUUUGAAUUUGGUGGGUUCUUUGGGGCUUUAUUCUUAUCAUUGUUCUUACCAGUUUUUACUGUUUUUAUUAACCUUCAGUUAACUCCAGAUGCUAAGUUUUCUACAGAUCCAUUUUAUUAUUUAAAUCCAUGUCGUUCAGCAGGGAUUUGGAUUCCAUAUCUAUGUUGGUUUGGUGGUCUAGCAGUAUUUGAUAUUAUCCUACCUGGUAAGACGAUGUUUGGUACAUUACUUAGAGAUGAUACAAAAUUAAAGUACAAGAUCAAUGGUAUUAGUAAUUCCUUUUUAUUAAUUUUGAUUCUAGGUUUAAGAUGGCAAAUCACUGAAGGAGCCAUGCCAGAGUUGGUAUUUCUAUAUGAACAUCAUGUCGAAUUAAACAUCAUUAGUGUGUUAUUUGCUUUUUACUUGGCUACAUAUUGUUACUUAAAGAGUUUUAUCUAUAUAGGUAAAGAACCAAUUUUGGCUUUAGGUGGUAAUUCUAGUAACGUUAUUUAUGAUUGGUUUAUUGGUAGAGAAUUAAAUCCAAGAAUUGGUUGUUUUGAUAUUAAACUAUUUUGUGAAUUAAGACCGGGAAUGCUAUUAUGGUUAUUAAUCAAUUUAAGUUGUCUCCAUCAUAAUUACGUUGUCGUUAACCAAUUUCAAUCAGUUAACGAUGCAUUAUUAUUAAUUAAUAUUUUACAAGGAUUUUAUAUCUUUGAUGGUGUAUUGAAUGAAGAAGGGUUAUUAACAAUGAUGGAUAUUGCAACCGAUGGAUUUGGAUUCAUGUUAUCCUUUGGUGAUUUAACUUUUGUGCCUUUUACUUUCUGUUUACAAGCAAGAUUUUUAAGUGUUAAUGCAAAUAAAUUAGGUCAAAAUAAAGUUAUUUUCAUUACAUCUUUAAUGGCAUUAGGUUAUUAUAUUUUCCAUUCAGCUAAUAAGCAAAAAUCAGAUUUUAAACAAGGUAAAUUACCAAAUUUAAAAAGCAUUCAAACAAAACGUGGUACAAAAUUAUUAUGUGAUAGUUGGUGGGGGAUGUCACAACAUAUAAAUUAUAUGGGUGAUUGGCUAAUCUCUUUAAGUUGGUGUUUAACUACUUGGUUUGUUACACCUUUAACUUAUCAUUAUUCUGCAUAUUUUGCCAUCUUAUUAUUUCACAGACAAAAGAGAGAUGAAGAAAAAUGUAGUGAAAAAUAUGGCGAUGAUUGGGUUACUUAUCAAAAGAAGGUUCCUUAUAAGAUCAUUCCAUAUGUAUACUGA